CUUUCACCCACCAAGAUGUCUGCAGAAAUUCAAGCUGCAGCAGAUUUUAGAGUGAAAUACAGCAGAAAGACCCACAGUGAUGGACGAGAGAGAGAGUACAGCGAGGUGCAGAUGACAGAUGAUGGAGAACAGCAUCCUGAUGUUGGGUUACAAGAAGCUGGCGAUGGCACUCAGAAGAAGCUUCCAGCUGGGAAAAGAAGCAGUUUCAGAGGCUUUGAAGUGAACCUGGGAGUUCUGUAUCUGCUGAUUCUGGCUGCAAUCACGACACGCUAUGCUUUGAACAAGAGUCAACUCCAGGAUGAACUUCAAGACACAAAAACCAACCUGACUGAGUUACAGAGCAGUUAUGAUAAACUGAGUAAAAACCACAGUCAGCUACAGGAAGAAGUGAAGAAGCUGAAGGAGAAGAUAGAAGGGAAGUGUCCUGAUCGAUGGACGAGAAUUGGAAGCAGCUGUUACUUUAAAUCCACUGAGAGUAAAACUUGGUCUGACAGCAGGGGAGACUGUCAGGAUAAAGGAGCUGAUCUGGUGAUCAUAAACAGCAAAGAGGAACAGGAAUUUAUCAGGAACAUGGGAGGAGAGUCCUGGAUUGGUCUGCAAGCUAAAUGGUCAUCAGGACGAUAUGAAUGGGAAUGGGUGGACGGAUCAGCGCUGACAGAAACGUUCUUGGCAGAAGGAUAUGGGAAACCCAGUUAUGGUUACAAUGGAGUCUGUUGUGACAGUGAUGGGAAAUGGACACAGUCACAUUAUUCUAAUUCUAAGACCUUCAUCUGUGAGAAAUGUGUUUGGUGCUUUGAUGUAAAUGUUUGAAUAAUCCAACCAAAGACACCUCACUAUGAAAUGUCCUGCAUGAGCCUCAGACUCAGCUCACAGUUGUUACUUGUUCAUUCUGCAUCAUAUAUUGAUUACAUAUAUUGUCCCUCUGUGCUCUGUGCUGUACAGUAAGGUUGGAAGUCAUCCACACAAAAACUUGAAGUACUUCAUUACUCUGUAGUUCCAGCAAAUUGUUCUAAUAAAAGUCAAAGUGCAGCUU